GGACGUAAUUACGUGGAGAAACGGUAGGGGGCAGCACUGUAUUUACGCCCCGCUCAGCCGUCAGUUGAACCCACGGCAGCGCUUGUUUACACGGGCCCAACUUGACGAUCACUCGAGGCUGCCGAUGCCCGCAGACGUGUUAUCAUUGAGACACUCGUCAGAGAGUGCUGGAAAAAACCGCCGUACUCAUUCAUCUGGCGAUUAGUCCGACGUAAGACAUGAAGAGGCACAGGGAGCUAUGGAGAGUAGAUGCGUGUUGAGCGACACCGCAGACCCACAAACGCGAAAUUCACACGCUGACAACUAUCUCCUCUUCGAAAGGUCGAAGACGCUGUUCGAGGAAAUCCGCGCCUCCAUCAACAACAAUGGCGAGGAGGACCGCUCCUUCUGGAGGCCCGUGCUCCCGUGGGGCGGCGUCUUCCCCAUCAGGGCGGGACGCAAGGCCGUCUCGUGCACCCCGCUGUACGUGGAGAUCAACCUCAAGAACACCUGCACCAUCGACGGCUUCCUCAUGAUCCUGUACGUGAUCCUGCGGGACAACCAGGGCUUUCCCCGCGAGCUGGCCGUCUUCCUGGGCAAGCAGUUCGUGGAGUACUUCCUCUACCUGAUGGACUCGUGCGACUACACCACGGUGAAGAUGCUGUGGAUCUGGGACCGGAUGUCCAAGAGACAGUACCGCUCGGCGGUCCACCGGGCCGCGCUGGAGAUCGACCUGUUCGGCAACGAGCACGAGAACUUCACCAAGAACCUGGAGAACCUCAUGUGCACCGUGCAGGAGAGCCUGUGCACCGACUGGAGCUGCCCGGCCCGCUUCCAGGAGCUCAUCAAGACCACGAUCAACAUCAGCCCUCCUAAUGAGCUGCCCCACAGAGACCCCAUUCAGUCGGCCGUGGACGGGUUCUUCUGCCCCAAGCUCCUGCUCUGCUCAGAACUAGGGUGCGAUGGUCUGAGGGAGUUCUCUCAGAGGGUUUUCUGCCAUGGACCCCCGCCCUUCGUCAUUCUUAACAUGCAGCGGUGGAAGUCAGAGGAGCUGUCCUAUGUCCCUUACCACCUGGCUCUCUGUCAGCACAGGUACUUGCUGGAGGGCGCCACACUCUUCAACAAGGAGGAGCACCACUACUCUGCAGCCUUCCAGAUCGACGGCUGCUGGAUGCACUACGACGGGUUGAGGAGCGACAAUCUGAUCUUGUUACACAAGCCGCCAGAGCUCCUGCUGCUGUCCUCUCUGGUCUACAUCCGCGCCGCCGACAAGUGAAUUCAUUGCAUCUCAAGUGGACGAACGGACGAAGACCAGGAGUGACGCCGAGCUCAAGAAUUAAUGCAGUGGUCCACAGUUCCUACGAUCAUUUCUUUAUCUUGACGCCGUGUAUCGCAUCGCAUUCAUGUAAUCAUGUUUCGUCUACGUAGCGCAUCGUUUGAAUCUUUCAGUAAUUCUUCUCAGCAUUUGCUUCCUCCUUUAGCGGUUAAAUGUUCUGAAUGACACAUGCGCCAUUUCACCUGAAUGUUUGCAGACAGCAAAAUGAAAAUGCCUUAUUUUGGGGGGCAUGCUUGGAAUCCAAGAAUAUAAUGGACUAUAAUAGUUCUUAGUUGAUAAGCAUAAAUAAUAAGCAUAGUACGCAUUACCUGCCACACAGAAGGGACUGAUAUGACUUUAAAAAUUGUCAUGGAGGGUGAAUUUUCUAUUAACAAUCGUUGUAUAGGGGAUGACAUUGCCUGUGUACCAGAUGUGUAUAGAUUUUAAGUGUCCGUUUAAGUUUACAUUCAUGCAUAUAUUGGCCCUUUAUGGAAACUUAAUUGGUGCUUUUUCUAUAGACAUUGUGGUCUGAGGAUAAGAAACAACCAAUCACGGUGAAUGUUUUUUGUUUUAAAGAUUUUUAAAUGAGUGAGUGUUAAAAUUCAAAGUUCUUAAAUCGUGUGAUUUAUAUAUUACUUGUUUGGAUUCCAGGUCACUAAGAUGGUAGCAUAUCCAUACUGACUAAUUCAAUUCAAGCAUUUUAACACUACUCAGCACAGUCUCCACCACAGGCAAUAUGUAAAAUGACAUUUUAUUUUUUUGUAAAGAAUUACUGGUAUCACACAGUGCCUCUGCCAAGGAGAGUGAGUGAACGUGGACCUGUUGAUCAUAAGUCUUCGAAUUAAGUUCAGGGGCUGUUUUUCUAUGCAGACGUUGUCUUUCAAAGGCAAAUAAAAGUAUUUUGGCAUAACA